UUGACUUUGCUCCACUCAUCUCUCUGUCGCCACAAAGUCCCUGUACGUGAACGCGGCGUCGCAGUCACACACACACGCAGCACAGUCACAGUGUGCCAUACAUUCGUGACUCCGCGCCAGAUGCAGUUUGCUCUCAACACGCGCGUGUAGUUGUAGUUCAAUGGAGAUCUCGGAGGCAAGAGGAGCAUCUAAGUGCGUGGAAAAAAUGGAGAAAGAAGUGGCGCCUCAGAAGCGACAACACUGCCGCACAACAGUGGUGAACAUUAUCUCGUCUUUAUGCUCAGUGGCGUCCAUCGCCUUUUGCAUUUUCCUGAGCAUUAACACAGCUGACGUGAAGAACCGGGUUGUGGAUUUGGAGAGUGGGAAUGACGAGCACACCUUGAUCCGAGCCCCGGGCUACUCCAUGGAUGAUUUUAAUUCAUUGAUUGAGCAACGAGUGGAUGAUCUGCUCUCUCAGCGCACCUAUGAACAAUUUGUCAAGAUCCGGACUGCCAGACAAGCAUCUCCUGAAUGCAGCUGCCCUCCAGGACCUCCGGGAAAGCGAGGAAGAAGAGGCCGCAACGGAGAAAAUGGACCUCCUGGCACUCUAGGUCCCAAGGGUGAAAAGGGGGAUCAAGGCGACCAGGGACCACGGAUGGUCUUCCCUAAGAUCAAUCAUGGCUUUCUUUCCGCUGACCAGCAGCUCAUAAAGCGGCGUCUCAUUAAGGGAGAUCAGGGGCAAGCUGGACCACCGGGGCCUCCGGGGCCACGUCCUCCGGGGCCGAGGGGGCCUCCAGGGGACACGGGGAAAGACGGACCCAGAGGUGUACCUGGUCUAGCAGGAGAUCCAGGGACGCCUGGAGAAAUAGGAAUUAUCGGACCUGAGGGGCCACCAGGGCAGAAGGGUUUUCUCGGGCCUGCUGGAAAUCCAGGUGUUGGUGGACUGAAGGGGGAUGUUGGCAUCCCAGGAGUGGACGGAGUCCCCGGAGCUAAGGGUGAAAUGGGAGAUCGAGGUGAAAAGGGCGAUUUGGGCGAAGAUGGAACGAAAGGUGAUAUAGGGGAGAAGGGAGAUGCAGGCUCCUCUGCAGCUGGCAUCAAGGGAGAACCUGGAGAGUCUGGACGAGGUGGAACAAAGGGAGAGCCAGGACUUCCAGGGCUGCCUGGACUCCCAGGGAUAAAGGGUGAGCCUGGAUACCUCGGGCCCCAGGGAGAGCCAGGGCUCCCAGGACUCCCAGGAACUAAGGGUGAUAGAGGCGACCACGGGCCACAAGGAAAGGGAGAAAGAGGAGAAAUUGGACUCUUGGGACCAAAGGGUUCCCAAGGAGAGGGGGGUACACCUGGUACUAAAGGGUCAAAGGGGGAAUAUGGAGAUAACGGAAUCGUGGGAUCUGUUGGCCCGAAGGGCCCCCCCGGGCAGAAAGGAGACCAAGGAGCCACAGAAAUCGUCGACUACAACGGAAACAUUCAGGAGGCUUUACAGAAGAUUACCACUAUUACAGUAACGGGUCCACCUGGACCGCCCGGGCCCAUCGGACCGGAGGGGGGCAAAGGGGAUCGUGGGAUGCAUGGCUUCCCUGGACUCGAUGGAGAAAGAGGCUACAAAGGCUCUAAAGGAGACAUGGGGAUGCCCGGAGCUUCAGGGGACAAAGGAGGAACUGGUUUAACUGGCCUACCUGGUGUGAACGGGAUGAGAGGAGACAAGGGAGACGCAGGUCUGCCUGGUCUUCAAGGUUCUUCAAUCAUCGGCACCCCAGGGCCAUCAGGGCCCCACGGACCCCCGGGACCCAUGGGUCCCCAUGGUUUCUCUGGAGCAAAGGGUGAAUCUGGUUUGCACGGUGUGAAGGGUAUCCGAGGAGAAACAGGACACAAAGGGGACCGCGGGCCGCUGGGUCUGCCCGGAGCAUCCGGCUUGGACGGCAAGCCCGGAAUUAGGGGCCAGGACGGGCCUGUGGGGCCAGCGGGGCCGGCGGGGCCAAAGGGCGACAUCGGUGAGAGAGGAGCGUCAGGCGAUCCAGGACCAAGGGGCCCUUACGGACUUCCUGGAGCUACUGGAACACCAGGCCUGGAUGGGUUGCAAGGCUUAAUAGGAGAGAAAGGCGACGUUGGGGAAAGAGGAGAAAAGGGGGAGAAGGGAAAGAAGGGCAAAAAAGGGCCUAAGGGCGAGAAAGGAGAACAGGGGGCCCCUGGAUUAGAUGCACCCUGCCCAUUGGGCCCAGAUGGAUUACCAAUGCCUGGAUGCUGGCAGAAGUGAUCACUCUAACCCGAAACGCAUGGAGUUUGUAAAUAAUGCUUCUUUUAUGGUAUUUAUAGUUUUUUUAAUGGAAAAUGUCUAAAAGAAAAAAGAAGUCUAUGUGUACAAUGAUACGUCCCGAGUUACCCGCCCUAAGCUGCUUCUACUCACAUCACCGUGUGGAAAAACAACCGUGUGUGUCCGCUCUCACAUCCACAUCGUGGUGGAGUUCAGAUCCUCGGCUGGGCGGCAGAACUUGUCUCUGUGGUCUUUGCAUGGCUCAGACUGCAGCGCCGCACACUCACGGUGGCGUGGAAGGAGGAGGAUGAGGAGGAGAAGGAGGAGGAUCUGGACUGGCUCUCUAACACCAAACGCUACAUGUUUUGUGUUGUUUUGGUCUCAACACCGCCCAUUCAUGCAGCAACAUUUUCUAAAAGACUAAAAAAAGAAGAAAAACUGUGCCAAACAGAACAUUGCACCCCUGCCCCUGCAAACGCAUGCAAACUAUAUUUAUAUGUAUUGUACAUACAUGUCACUGUUUUGUGGUUGGCUUCUGCAGAAAAAGAAAAACACUAACAUAAAACACAACCCCCCCCCCACCAAGAGCUCUGAUUUGGUAAUUUCUGCUUUCCUUUAAUCUUCCCCCCAAAGGGAGUCACGCCAUGGCUGGUAGCCUGAAAACCCCCCCCCGAAAGUAAAGCUGUUGGUUAUUGUUGCUUUAUUGAGGUGAUGCCUGCAGAGGGUAUGAUAUCCGCAGGUUUUAUCACGAUACUACACACAUGUGGCUCAGCAUCAGUGUGGUGCCUCGUCUCCGGACAAGAGGGAGGGGGAACUGUCAGGUACACAAAUCAGGCUCAUGGGUUUGAGUUUGGACAGGCCUACCCCCCCCACCCCACCCUAGGAUUGGGGAUUCUGCAGGAGAGUGUCUCAUGGAUCUGCAGAGAGAUCACCAGGAGCGCUCCGACGUCUACUGAGAGCGUUAACACAAUGCAAUUAUCUUUUUUUUCUUGUUUUCGUUGUUGCUCUCAUUCUUUAACAUUGUAUUUGUGUGUAUAAUAGCCUUUGGUGCCUCAAGCUUUUAUUCAUUCCUUUAUCAGAAACGUUAUAUUUUAUUUUGACUUAUCGGAAUGGUGUUUAUUUCAGGAGCUUUGUUUGGUUGGAGUAUCGAAAAAAGACACACGUUGCGCACUGUUUUUCAUAUGAAUAGUUUUUACAGGUUACAGCAGUGUACAUGCAUCCAUCAGGAACACAUCCUGGUUGUAAAGAAGCUUUGUGCAAAUCACAUCCAGCAUUGUAACACAUCUGCUGGACUUUUGGGCUGUUAGUUGUACAGUGUUGUUGAUUCACUGCAUGUACACAAUUUAUUUCUGAUGGAUUUCUUAUACAUAAUAAGCUUUGAUUUGAGGAAGUGUAUCAGAACCAUAAAGCAACAGUAGCUGGUUUUCACAUAUUGAGCAGAACACUCUUUUACACCUCAUGUAUUGUCUUAAACAAAUGGAAAACAGUGAAAGAAAAGCUAAGUGAAUUGGUCCAUUAACACACCACAGUGUUCCCGGUGGCCAGUUAUGUCACAUUCCAUAUCAGAUGGAGCAGUAUUUGUGUUUAUUUUUCAGCAUAUUUUACCCAUCUUUUUCACAUUUCUUAUAUUCAAAUUGCCUUCUGACAUAGUAGGUGCUAUGCAAGGUGAUACUCUUUCUGCAACAUGAGAAAUAUGCAUGUGAAACACCAACAUUUUGUUGUGAUGUAGCACCAGCCACAGGUGGAUUGGAGAAGGUUUAUUCCCGUAUGGUUUCCGUUUGAUUGUACAGUUCAUCUCACCUGUAUAGAUUAUGAUGGUGCUGCUCUAUCAGCGGUACACAACAGCUUUCUUUAUUGUUGUUGGGGUUUUUAUGUAUGUAACAAUUUAAAGUUUUCUGUGCAUAUAUUUGUGUAUUUGUCUCAAUAUUUUAAGUGGUACAUUAUUUAUUUUUCUAUAAUUUCUUAAGUGAAGGCAUUUUUGGUUCUUAACAGCAUUCCUUUCAGUUGUUUUGGCUUUUCAUGUCCGCUGCGGUUCUCUUGAUAUUAUGAAUUUUGGAUCGUAACGGAUAGUGUGAAGGAAGGUGGUCAUUUACAAAAAACAGAGCAGCGUGUAUUCACUGUUCUACUUCAGCUAUACGACCUUACAAUCUGCUUUUAUUUUGUGUCAAAACGUGACAACGAAAUGCACCAGAUGAAGUAAAAUAUUACCGCUUUUCUCAAGCUUCUUUUCUCUCUAUCUCUCUCUUUGCAUUGAAUGUAGUUUGAUAUAUGUAUAGUGGAUUAUUAAUGUACUGUUAAAUGUGUGCUCAAUUGACAAGAAGUGCAAUUUAUACUUUGGUUAAUGUGCGUAGCGUCAAAUGCAGCUGAAACAUCACAUCGCUGUGGUUUCAAAAGCUCCAUUUGUGCAGUCAUGCUACCCUGUAUACCACUACCUGGAAGAAAAUGUUUAUUUACCAGAGGACGAAGAAACAAAUGAAACAUGGACCUUUCAUUACAUUUGAUUGGUUUCAAUGCAUCCUCAAAAAGCUGUCUCCCAUAUUUCAAAAUGUUAUUUCCAUGACUUUAUAUUUAGUUUUUUUUUAAUGCGUUUUAAUUUCCAUCUGUUACAGUACAUUUCACUUCACAAGUUGCUGUAUGUUUAGCAUGUGCAGCUAAUUUUAUAAUUGAUUUUUUUUCAGUUUUGUUUUUGUUUGAUUGAUUGAUUGUUGUGUUUUUUUGUUAUAUAUUCAAAUUUAGUUUAUUAUGCUAUUUGCAGAAGACCCAAAAUAUUUCAAACAUGUAUUUCCAUACAAGUCAUCGGAUUUAAAGUGCCGGUGUAUUGAAAAAGACUCUUGUCAGAAACCCUAACAGAUCUAUACCCUCGAAUACACCAUAGCCUUACUGUAAUACCACAUACUCUCCAAAAAUAAAAUGCAGUCUCGGUGCAGGAGUAAAAAUGUUUAAUGGUAUUUAGGCAAAAUCCAUGUUGUGGCUUUGAGUUAAAACUGCAUUUUCUUUGGUUGUGGUAAUAUUUUCAGUUUAUGUUCUGUCGUCUCAUUUUGUAUCCGUUUGAUUGAAAUGUCUUUAAAGACCAUUGUGUUCACACACUGCUAUAUUUCAAGGUGACAUUUCAUAUGACUGUACUGUUGGAGCCAAAUAAACACAGUCUAUCAAAUACAUCAAAGAAAAAA